AUGGGCUCCAACGAGACACCACCGAUUACAGAGGACGGAUCUUCCCCAACCUCAAUUCCCGAUGGCCAUCCCCCCGUCGCCGGCGGCGGAUCCCUGCUGCAAGCGGCGUCAGACUACGCCGGAGCCCAGACCGAAAACAGAGCUUCCAGGAAGAGGAAAGCCAGUCUGCUACCUCUCGAGGUCGGUACUCGCGUCAUGUGCCGAUGGAGGGACGGAAAAUUUCAUCCAGUCAAAGUCAUCGAACGGCGCAGAAUGCAGUCGGGUGGGCCCCAUGAUUACGAAUACUACGUUCAUUACACCGAAUUCAAUAGGAGGCUUGAUGAAUGGGUUAAACUUGAACAAAUUGAUCUUGAUUCAGUAGAGGCUGUUGUAGAUGAGAAGGUGGAGGACAAGGUGACAAGCUUGAAAAUGACACGCCACCAGAAACGUAAGAUUGACGAGACACAUGUAGAGGGAUGCAAACCUGAAAGGAAAGGGAAGAUAGGAUGGAUUGUAAAGGCUUUGCUAGGUGUUAGUGAGUCAUAUAAGCAAGGGGUAAUAGGGUUACUACAAGACAUCUUUUUUUCUCCGGCUCGAUGGUUGCCUCCUCCUCCUACUCUCUCGACUGCAAUAAACAAGUCUGACAAAGUGAAAGAACUCUGGCGAAUCGAUUCAAACCAAACAAACCAGCAAUUCCGACGAUUGUGUAUCGAAGCGAAGGAACUCUGGCAAAUCGAAGAAGCAACUCUAAUGACUGUGUAUCGAAGGAAAGGAACUCUAGCGAAUCGAAGCAACUGGGUUAUUUUAGAUUUGCUUCAGAUCUGGGUUGCUCGAUCUGGGUUGCUUCAGAUCUGCUUUUCUCUGGGCCAUGAGGAGCUUGAUGCUGCCAGCUUGCGUGAACAUGAAGAAUUCACUAAAGUUAAAAAUAUAGCUACUAUAGAACUUGGAAGAUACGAGAUUGAGACAUGGUACUUCUCCCCCUUUCCACCAGAGUACAAUGACUGUUUGAAGCUGUACUUUUGUGAGUUUUGCCUCAAUUUCAUGAAGCGCAAGGAACAGCUUCAGAGGCAUAUGAAGAAAUGUGAUCUUAAGCAUCCCCCUGGUGAUGAAAUAUAUCGCAGCGGUACCCUGUCAAUGUUUGAGGUUGAUGGCAAAAAGAACAAGGUUUACGGACAAAACCUUUGCUAUCUGGCAAAAUUGUUUCUUGAUCACAAGACCCUCUAUUAUGAUGUCGACCUGUUUUUAUUUUACGUGCUUUGUGAAUGUGAUGAUCGAGGAUGCCACAUGGUUGGCUACUUCUCCAAGUUUGUGCUAUUUGAUGCCACAGUCCUAGCUUCCUACUACAGUGAUAGAAAUUUAUUUCGAAGCUCUGACUCUGACUCUGCCAAACUGCAAACUCUGUCAACUUUGGCCUUCACGAAAAGCAGUGCCAGCCGGGAGCAGUAG